AUGGGCAAUAAUCCAGAAGAGAAACUUGAGCUCUUCUCAAACAGAGAAGCUUUAGUUUAUCAGUGUUCAAAUCAGACUCAGUGGUCUGGGCUCAAUUUAGACCUGAGGUCUAUCUUACAGCAGCUGUUUUUGAGCUUGACUUUUCCACGUUUUCUUGAAGCAGCUGAUAUGGAAGAUGAUGAUUUCAGUGCUGCCCUGCCUAAAACAAGCUGUAUCACUGAGCAAACUCAAUAUUUCUUUGAAAAUGAUGAUAAAUCUUUUGGUGGGAUUGUAGACUGUAUAAACUGCUCCAGACUUUAUCAUGCAGAGAAGAUUUCAAACACCAAUCUAGUAUUCAUUAUUAGUGACAGCCAACUGCUGUGCCGCUCCUGUGACCCAAAGCCACUGAUGCAAGCAGAGAAGCCGGAUGAAGGGCCAAAUCCUUGUGAAAUGGUCAAACACCCUAGAUACAGAAAAGGUCCUGAUGUCUGUUUUGAUGAAGCCAAACAGGAAGAUUCGGCCGACUGCGGUGGUGUCUCUGGUCUGAGUCCAUCACUGUGGUCUAUGGUAGGAAUUCAGUUGGUCCUGCUUUGGCUGUUAUCUGGCAGCAGACACUGCCAGUUAUGACCUUGCUAAACCAAAACCUGCAUAACUUAAUCAAGACCCGGCCAAAACGAUAGCCUCAGUUUCAUUUUAAAAAGGGUCAGCUAUUCAGACAGCAGCAGAACAGCAGUGCUUGUGUCUGGUUAUCACUCAUUGUGAGACUCAUGAAGGCACCCACGGUGGCUGCAUGUUGGAGUGUCAGAUCCUUAAACGUGUGUGAAUGCUGCAUCAUCUAUGCCAUCCAAACAGAAUUCUGUACAUGCUCCAUUGGGGAAUCUAAAAUUAUUUUGUUUGUUUGUUUGUUGUCGUAAUCUUGAUGACUUCAUGUAAAAGGGCUCCCCUGACAAUAGCUUAUGUAUAUGAUUUUCAUUUCUUUUAAGCUUUGGAUAUCUUGAAGAUUUAUAUUCUUUUACAUGAACAGUUAUUUUAAA